AUGGAUAAUAGAUAAAUUGAACAGAAACCAUCGGUUUAAAGUUAUUCUUCUUUUGACUCCUAUGUCAUUCAAGAUGAACAUGAUGGAAAUCUUAGUAUUCAUCAAUUAAAAGAAAAGCCUUACUUUAGUUUUUAAGAAGCAAAAGAUUAAAAUGGAGAUGCCAACUUAAAUAUUAAUGGUAAAAAUAACUAACACAAAUAAAAAUAACCUUAUGAAACAGUACUUCCUAAAAAUAUUAUAGAUUCAGGAUUUACUCUAUACAGAAGAAAAAUUAGAAUUACCAUCUUAACAACUUAAACAAAUUCCUAAAUUACAAUAAAAUUUUGUUAACAUAAAGUUAUUGAACUUAUCUUAAAACUAAUUAACAACUGUUCCUCCUUAAAUAAUGUAAUUGUUUACAAUUAUUAUUUUUAUAGGCGUAUGACUAAUUUAUAGAAAUUGAUUUUGAGUAGUAAUCAAAUUAAUGUCUUACCAAUAUUUUUGCAAACAUUAAAAUAUUUAGAAUAUUUAGAUAUGCAAGAUAAUUUAAUUAAGGUUUUUAAUAUCAAUCCUCCAGAACUCAAAUACUUAAAUUUAUCAAUCAAUUAUAUUGAAUAACUGUAUUUUCCUAAUCUAGAACAUUUAUGCAUCUAAAUGAAUUGUUUCACUAUUAUACCUAAAGGAUUUCAUAAAGUGCUUUAUGGAAUGUAAUAUUUUGAAUUUGAUUGGUUUAAGUAUUGUAAACCUGCUUUACCAAUGAAAAUUAAUUUUGAGAAAUAUUAGCAUAUUAAGGAUAAAUUAAUAUCAAUUUUAUAGACUACUAGUCUCACAUUUGAAACUUUUGUUAAAUUGUUAAGUAUAUCAGAACCUAAUUUUUAUUAGACUGAUUAUAAGUAUUUAAAUUAAUUAAUAUUCUUAUAGAUAUAGGAAUUUAUUUUUUUAAGCAGGAUCAUCUAAUGAAAUUGGAAUUCUUUAUAGUUUAAUUUAAAUUAUACCUGAACAAAUCAAUAAUUUAGAUUUUGAUUAAAAUACUCCAUUGUCUGCAUGUUAUAAUGAAGGUAAAACAAGGUAAUAAUAUACUUUAAUAAAGAUCAGUCAAAGUAUUAAGAAGUUUGGGUGGAAAAUUUGCUCCUUAAUCAAUCCAUGUUAUUUGUUAAAGAGUAGAUUUAAUAUUUUUCAAAAUAAUUUUAAAUCUUAAUGAAGAAGACAAUUCAAUUACAUAACAUACAGAUUUAAAUUUAAUUAAUUUUAGAAAUAUAGAUGGCAAUACACCUUUACAUCAUUUGUUUAUGAAUUAUACUAAAAGUCCAGAUGCUAAAGAAAUUGCAGAUAUACUAUUAUAUUUAGGUGCUGAUCCUAAUGGUGAAAAUAAUGAAGGAUGGACUCCUUUAGAUUUAGCUGUUAGAAAAGGAUAAAUCAGUUCAAUUUAAUAUGCAGCCGAAUACAAUAAAAGAUUAUAUUAAUUGAGAUCACAUUAAUAAUUAUUUGAUUUCUAAAAAAAAUCUGGAAUAAAUGAAUGGUCUUUAGGUCAUGUUGCUGCAAGUGUUGGUAAUAAUGAAAUAUUAGAAUUACUUAGUCAGGUAUUUAUAUAGUAUAUUAUAGAUUAACAUAGAUAUAUUUUAAGUAAGUAAAUGUAAUAGAUUACCAAGACAUUUAGCUAUCUAAAGUUUAACAAUGUUAAAAAAUAUGAGAAAAUUAGAAAAAAGAUGGAUUAUAAAGAAUGUAUUACAUGAUUCAAUAUCAAUAUCACAAACAGAAAAGAAUGUAUAUUAAAUGAAAAAUUAAAUUGAAAAGAAUAUGAAUAAGAAACAUUAGAAUAUUGCUUAAAAGUUAAUAGAAAAUGAGGAUGAUAAUUUUGAUAUAGAUGAUAAUUCUUUAAGAAUAGCAAGUGAAAGUUCUAUAAAAGAUGUAGCAAGUGAAUCAGCUCCUAUAUUUUAAAGAUUAGCUAACAAAGAAAUGACAAGAAUGCAAUUAGAAAAAUAAAAUAUGUCUAAUUUAGAUUCUACAGAUUUUGCAGAUCAUUUACCAGAAAUAUAAAAACUUUUAAGAAAUCAUAAUUAUGAACUUGCUCUUUAAAAACUUAAAUAUGCAUUAUUGAGUGAUAUGCUUCCAUUGUCUGAAAGAUUAAAAUAUAAAGAUUAUAUAUAAGUGAUAUAAUUUAAAAUGAAAUAUUCAAAAGUGGAAAUGUAAUCAUAUUUAAGGAAUAGUUUAAAUCUAAAUUUAAGUGAAUUUCAAUUCAAAGGAAUUCCUAUUGAUUAAAAAUGUAUUGAUUAAUUAAUUAUAAUAUAGCUAAAAUGAUUAGAGAAUUACUAAGUUUAGUAAAAGAUUAAUAAAGAAAUGAGACUUCCAAAAUUUAAUUUCAUAUUGAAAAAAUGUAACUUGUAUGUUAGAAUCCUUUAUUACAUUAAGAUUUACUUGUAAAAGAUUUAACAACAAUUAAUGAAUUGAGAUAGAGAUUAAGUAAUAAUCUUAUUUAUGAUAUUAAUAAUUAUGCUGAAUCUAUAUUUUAGUUAAAUGACUAAAUUUAUUAUUGGAUAAAUACUAAUUCUGGAAGAUGUGAAAAGAUAUUAAUAAAAUCAAACAUUCCAAAUAUUAUUAAUUAUGAAUGCUUAUAAAAGAUGAGAUUUGUUAAGAAAAUAAAACCAAGAGAUAAAGAUUAUGAUAAUAUUGAGUAAGAUAUGAUAGAACCAGAAUCCUCUAUAUCUUCAUAUUAAUAAUUUACUUACAUUAUUACACCAUUUCAAAAUAGUAAGCGUUUCUGA